AUGGCAACUUCCAUUUCCUACGGCGAGAAAAACUCUGGAUUCCAGGCAGGAGUGGUACAUGGCAAUAUCGGAAAUGUCACGAUUGUACAAUCCGAAACGCUGGACCAAGCAUGCCUUCGGGAUUUGCGCACGACAGACCCCAUCGAUGAUAAAGAACGUAUCAAGGAUACAAAGGGUGGGCUACUCGAAGGCUCAUAUCGCUGGAUUUUUGACAACAAAGAAUUCAGACAAUGGCAAGACAGCCAGAAGAAUCGUCUCCUCUGGAUUAGGGGUGAUCCUGGUAAAGGCAAGACCAUGCUCCUUUGUGGUGUCACCGAGGAAUUGACCAGAUUAUAUGGGGAUAAUGCGAGCAUAUUGUUUUUCUUCUGUCAGGCUACCGACAUACGAAUCAAUAGUGCUACGUCUGUCCUGAGGGGUUUGAUAUAUUUACUUGUCAAAAAGCAUCCAUCUCUUCUCUACCAUGUGCGAGCUCGGUACGACUAUGCAGGAAAGACUCUCUUUGAGGAUGUCAAUGCAUGGAACGCACUGUCAACAAUCUUCAGGCACAUUCUAAACGACCCAAUACUGCAGAUGACUUAUUUGGUAAUUGAUGCUUUAGAUGAGUGUACCAAUGGGCUCUAUUUCCUUCUAGACUUUAUUGUCCAGGAAUCAUCAGUCAAUACACAAAUAAAGUGGGUUGUUUCUAGCCGUAACUGGCCUGAAAUCACUGAGCGUCUUGACAUUGCUACCCAGCUAGCUCCGAUCUCAUUAGAGCUAAAUGAGAUAUCUGUAUCUGGAGCAGUGAAUUAUUUUAUCCACCAUAAAGUUCAGGAAUUGGCAAAGGCUAAAAGGGAGAUACUGGCAAUUAUUUCAACAGUAUUUCGGCCUAUCACUCUUUACGAACUGUCUUCACUCAUUGAACAACCAGAUGAUUAUGACGAUGACCAUGUACCCCUUGAAGAGAUGAUUGUGAUCUGUGGAUCAUUUCUAACGCUACGGGAACAUACUAACGUGUUUGUCCAUCAGUCUGCAAAGGAAUUUUUACUCAAGGAGGCACUCAGUGAGAUACUUCCUAGAGGUAUAGAAGCGGAACACAAGAUGAUAUUCACACGAUCUUUCGACGUGAUCUUCAAAGAGCUUCAGCGUGAUAUUCUCAAUAUCAAAUUGCCUGGACUGCAUGUGAAAGAUAUCCACAAAUCUAGCUCAGAUCCACUAGCAGCGGCAGCAUACGCCUGUGUCUACUGGAUGGACCAUCUUCAGGAGAGCGGUCGUAAUGGAGCUCCUGAGUUGAGCGUUGAUGAAAAGAAUCGUGUGGAUACGUUUCUUCAAGAAAAAUUUCUUCAGUGGCUUGAGGCCCUUAGUAUUUUGGGAAGCGUUUCAGAUGGUAUCCAAGCGAUGCAAAAGCUUCAGGUUUUGAUUGAGGAUGAAGGACCAGACUGGGUUUUGAAUGAUCCUCUGAGAGAGGAAAGCUGGAGUCAAUGUCUUCAAACUCUCGAGGGACAUAGUGAUCAGGUCAUCUCAAUUGUCUGGUCGCCUGAUGGUAGGCAACUAGCAUCAGGGUCGAGUGAUAAUACAGUCAGAAUCUGGGACCCGGCUACUGGCCAGAGCAUAUCAACUCUCUAUGGGCAUAGUGCUUCGGUCAGGUUGAUUGCUUGGUCACCAGAUGGAAACCAGCUAGCAUCAGGGUCUCGUGAUAAGACAGUCAGGAUCUGGGAUCCGGCUACCAGCCAGAAUAUAUCAACCCUUGAUAGGCAUAGUGGUCCAGUCAACUCGAUUGCCUGGUCACCAGAUGGUAACCGACUCGCAUCAGCGUCGGGUGAUAAGACAGUCAGGAUCUGGGAUCCGGCUACCGGCCAGAAUAUAUCAACCCUUGAUAGGCAUAGUGGUCCAGUCAACUCCAUUGCCUGGUCACCAGAUAGAAGCCGACUCGCAUCAGCGUCAGAUGAUAAGACAGUCAGAAUCUGGGAUCCGGCUACCGGCCAAAGCAUAUCAACUCUCGAGGGGCAUAGUAGCCUGGUUACAUCAAUUGCCUGGUCACCAGAUGGAAGCCGACUCGUAUCAGUAUCGGGUGAUAAGACAGUCAGGAUCUGGGACCCGGCUACCGGCCACAGUAUAUCAAUAAUUAAGGGGCAUAAUCGUUUGGUCGGGUUGAUUGCCUGGUCGCUAGAUGGUAGGCAACUAGCAUCAGGGUCGAGUGAUAAUACAGUCAGAAUCUGGGACCCGGCUACUAGCCAAAGCAUAUCAACUCUCGAGGGGCAUAGUAGCCUGGUUACAUCGAUAGCCUGGUCACCAGUUGGAAGUCGACUCGUAUCAGCGUCGGGUGAUAAGACAGUCAGGAUCUGGGAUCCGGCUACCGGCCAGAGCAUAUCAACUCUCGAGGGGCAUAGUAAUCCAGUCUACUCGGUUUCCUGGUCGCCAGAUGGAAGCCGACUCGCAUCAGCGUCGAUGGAUAAGACAGUCAGGAUCUGGGACCCAGCUACCGGCCAGAGCAUAUCAACUCUCGAUAGGCAUCGUAUUGUAGUCUACUCGAUUGCCUGGUCGCCAGAUGGAAGCCGACUCGCAUCAGCGUCGGUUGAUGAGACAGUCAGGAUCUGGGAUCCAACUACUGGCCGGAGCAUAUUGACCCUUAAGGGGCAUAGUAGUCGAGUCAACUCGAUUGCCUGGUCACCAGAUGGAAGCCGACUCGCAUCAGGGUCGAGUGAUAAUACAGUCAGAAUCUGGGACCCGGCUACUGGCCAGAGUAUAUCAACUCUCAAUGGGCAUAGUGAUCUGGUCGACUCGAUUGCCUGGUCACCAGAUGGAAACCAACUAGCAUCAGGGUCUCGUGAUAAGACAGUCAGAAUCUGGGAUCCGGCUACCGGUCAAAGCAUAUCAACUCUCGAGGGGCAUAGUAGCCUGGUUACAUCGAUUGCCUGGUCUCGAGAUGGAAGCCGACUCGCAUCAGCAUCGUAUGAUGAGACAGUCAGAAUCUGGGAUCUGACUACCGGCCAGAGCAUAUCAACUCUCGAGGGGCAUAGUAGUCUAGUCUACUCGAUUGCCUGGUCGCCAGAUGGAAGCCGACUCGCAUCAGCGUCGGUUGAUAAGACAGUCCGUAUCUGGGAUCUGACUACCGGCCAGAGUAUAUCAACCCUUUGUUUUGGCUUUAUCGGCUCCGUUCAAUUCGAUAAAGAUGAUCUCAAUCGGCUGCAUACAGAUUCUGGCACAUAUGGCAUGGAUUCCAUUAAUCCUUUGACGCCCAUGGUUGACGACUUCACCUCACCGCUGAGGCAAUAUGGAUACGGAUUGAGCAAGGACUAUUCCUGGCUCAUUCAGCCCUCCUUAAUCAUCACCACAGACGCCGCGCAACUGAUCUUUGUGUUUGAAGCCCACUUCUUUUCACACCGAUUCAAUUAG